AUGAAGUCCAUCUCCAUCUUGGCCGGCCUGACUGCUGCUGCAGUUGUGGCUGCUGCCCCUGCUGAAUUCCAGAACAGCACGGACGUUACUUGGACCCCGUCCCCGUCGGAUCAGACAACCUGCGAUCCAUCCAGCUUCUCCCAAGCUCCCAUCGCCGGUGCCGCCGACUGGCGCUAUUGCGCUGCUCUCUCGAGCGCCUGGGCCAACGAGAACGGAACAUUCAGCAUCCACGACGUCUCCGGCAGUGCCUUUAUCCCCGUCCUCAAGACCGAAGGCUGCGUCUUGGGCGUCAAGGCCUCUGAGCAGGGCCAGGGACCCUACACCAUAGGAGACCAGGACGUCAAGGCCAUCCUCAGAAUCGCGCUUGAGGACUACUCGGAAGGAACCGACCUCUCUGUUGAGGGCAGCGUCAAGUGCAACGUUGCCAGUGGCGGCCGAUCCGACCUCCAAUGGCAAAUCGCCGGCCAGUAA